CAUUUUUAUAAAAUCCGGCCAAACAUAGAGUGAGAAUUAUAUAUAGAGACGAAAAAAUCGGAGCAGAAAUUAUCAAUGGAGAACAUAGAGAGUGUAGCAAAAGCUGCAGUGGAGAAAUUGAAGGAGAUGAAUAUGGUGGAAAACGCAAAGGAGAUCGUCUUAAAAACGACGCCGUCGUUUGUAUCGGAAUAUGCACGGAUCUUAUUCAAUUGGUUAUCGGGAAAUUUGAAGCAGAUUGCCGUGAAAAUGAUGCCGGUCGUGCGAAUUUCAUCCGACUGGCUACUGAAAAAUACGAAGGAGAUUAUCGUGAAAACGGCGCCGUUUGUACGAACCUCAUCUCACUGGUUACUGGAAAAAGCUCCUCCACUGAAUUCGAUCCGAGAAACUCCACUGUAUAUCUCCAUUCCAAUCGGAUUUCUGCUGAUUUUGUUCCUCCGCCGGUGCUUCAGCGGCGGCGACGGCGGCGGAAAUGGGAAGACGAUGAAAGCUCCGGGAAGGAAUAAUGUAAGGAUACAAAGGCGUGAUUUUGAAAGCAGUCCUAAAUCCUAUUUCCGCAAUCUCCGCUCGCGGAAAUAACUAAUUUCGCAAGAGUGAUGGAAUUUGGAAGAGGUGAAUUGAAGGUAAGAGGCAAAGCAGUAAUUGAGAAGAUGAAAUCAAUAGAAGAUAUUUUGAAGAUGUUUAUGGAAUCCCCAGUAGGAUUUGUCAUUUCAAUUGGGUUGAUGGUGAUUUUGUUGUCCUUAAUUUGUCGUUGCUGCUGCAGAGAAAAUAAUAAAAGGAGAAAUGUAAUUCAUCGUCGUAGAAAAUAUUAUCGAAGUUAAUAACAGAGUUAAAAAA